AUGGGAAGAAGAAAGAUUGAGAUUCAGCCGCUCACAGACGACAGAAAUAGGACGGUAACGUUUGUUAAGCGGAAAGCGGGACUUUUCAAGAAGGCCCACGAAUUGGCGGUGUUGUGCCAGGUGGAUUUGGCGGUUAUUAUCGUGGGAAAUAACAAUAAGGUGUACGAAUUUAGUUCUGUUGACACGAAGGAAUUGCUUGAUAUGUACCUGGGAGUCAAGCCUCACGAGUCGAAAUCACCGGCAAAUUAUGGGAAUUACAAGAAGAAGAGGCAUUUAAACCAAGUACAGUUCCCAAUUGAUGAUGAGAUGUCGAUUGAGGAUGAAAACGAGUCAGAAUACGAUAGCGACACCCCUGAGCCCAAGCGCCAGAAAAAAGACGAUGGGGAAGACAGACGAAAGAGAGGGAAGAACGAGAAAAGAUACAGUUCGCGCAGACCUACACCACCGUCUCAUAUUUCACUCUCAGGGGUUUCUAAGUCAGCCAUGAGUUAUGGACAAGCAAGCAACCCACAAGCCAAUGACGAAGAUGAUCGGGAGACUAUUCACAAGGGAGAUAUGUCGCACAAACGAGACAGUUCUACUACGUCGAACGUUUCGGCGAACCAAAGACCUGUUUUGAGGGUCCAGAUUCCAAUCGAUGCCAAGAACAACGACAGUAACGAUAGUGCUAAAACUAUCACCGCCAUAGACACCAACCUCCAGAACAACUCUUCAGACCCUAAUAGUAAGGCAAAUAGCAUUACAAAUAAAGGUCUUAAUUCUGGUACUCAUCCUAUGGCACCAAAUAUCAAGUAUUUCGGAUCGUUCAAAUCGCCUGAUAACCAUAAACCGAUAACCACCUUACCAUUACCAAUACAAAACAAGUCACAAACGUCUUCGCCAUCUAGUGCUACAGCACCGUCGUUGCCAAUGAGUGGAAUGACUUCAUUUUUUGGAUCGCUUCCCCAACCAUCACCAUCGGUCCAAUAUUCGAAUAAUUCGAUACUCCCGACGCCAAUACUUAACCAGGUGAUCAACCCACAAUAUGGGCUGCACCAGAAUCAACAUCAGCAUCAGUAUCAACAAAAUAACAAUGGCGGAACCACUAAUGAAAACCAAAAUCUGUUAGCGCCGUCAGCCAAUAACUCCUAUGCGAAACAGCGACUGCUCUUAUCGGGCACACAGUAUCAACACCCCAAUAAUCAGGGCGGUGAACAGUCACCAGUUUCGGGCCUUCCUUCGCGGUACGUCAACGAAUUGUUCCCAUCACCCUCCAACUUCUACGUGUCGCAGGAUUGGGCAAACUCGGGCACGGGUAUGACGCCUAUCAACAGCUCGAUGCCCCAGUACUUCAUGAAUAUGAUUCCCUCGAGCGGCGGCCAACCAAGUGCGCGUGCACAGUUCCAGGGACUGUCUCAGGGUCAGACAAAGACAGAGAACCUCACAUCACCUCUUCAGUUCAUGGGUCCGUUCAACACCCCCAGUAACGCAACCAGCAAUUACAGCAACACCUCCAACAACGCCCCGACCUCGCAUAAGAAAAAGUGA